AUGGCGGGCGCUGCGAGAGCCCUCAACUGGAUGUACCGCAUGGCGGUGCCGGCCUCGGCUGCCUUCUUCAUUGGCAGCCAGGCCAUCUACGAUGUCAAGGGUGGAACGCGGGCAGUCAUCUUUGACCGAGUGAGCGGUGUCAAGGAGACGGUCGUCAACGAGGGCACUCACUUCCUGAUCCCCUGGCUGCAGAGGAGCGUCAUUUUUGACGUGCGGACCAAGCCCAGGAAUAUCGCAACCACGACGGGCAGCAAGGAUUUGCAGAUGGUUAGCUUGACCCUGCGAGUGCUGCACCGGCCAAACGUCAAGGCCCUCCCCAAGAUCUACCAGAACCUCGGUAUCGACUACGAUGAGCGAGUCCUCCCCUCCAUUGGAAACGAGGUCCUCAAGUCCAUCGUCGCCCAGUUCGACGCCGCAGAGCUCAUCACUCAGCGAGAGGCUGUCUCUGAGCGCAUCCGCGCCGAUCUGACCCGCCGCGCCGCCGAGUUCAACAUUGCCCUGGAGGACGUGUCCAUCACCCACAUGACUUUCGGCCGCGAGUUCACAAAGGCCGUCGAGCAGAAGCAGAUUGCCCAGCAGGACGCCGAGCGGGCGCGCUUCAUCGUCGAAAAGGCCGAGCAGGAGCGACAGGCCAACGUCAUCCGCGCCGAGGGAGAGUCCGAGUCUGCCGACGCCAUCAGCAAGGCCAUCCAGAAGGCUGGUGAUGGCCUCAUCCAGAUCCGAAAGAUCGAGGCCAGCCGAGAGAUCGCCGCCACUCUGUCGUCGAACCCCAACGUGGCGUACCUGCCUAGUGGAAAGCAGGGCGGUCAGUACCUGUUGUCGGUGGGCAAGGCUUAA